AUGACAGCACUGCAGCUACCCCCAUGGCACACAGAGCUAGCAAGGAAAGGGUUACUAGAGGGCCCCUUACAUACAGCACAGGUACCCCGAGUACUACUCCCAUACAGCACAGGUACCCCGAGUACUACUCCCAUACAGCACAGGUACCCCGAGUACUACUCCCAUACAGCACAGGUACCCCGAGUACUACUCCCAUACAGCACAGGUACCCCAAGUACUACUCCCAUACAGCACAGGUACCCAGAGUACUACUCCCAUACAGCACAGGUACCCAGAGUACUACUCAGCAGCCCACAGCACAGGUACCCCGAGUACUACUCAGCAGCCCACAGCACAGGUACCCCGAGUACUACUCAGCAGCCAACAGCACAGGUACCCCGAGUACUACUCAGCAGCCCACAGCACAGGUACCCCGAGUACUACUCAGCAGCCCACAGCACAGGUACCCCGAGUACUACUCAGCAGCCCACAGCACAGGUACCCCGAGUACUACUCAGCAGCCCACAGCACAAGUACCCUGAGUACUACUCACCAGCCCACAGCACAGCUACCCCGAGUAUUACUCACAUACAGCACAAGUACCCUGAGUACUACUUACCAGCCCACAGCACAGCUACCCUGAGUACUACUCACCAGCCAACAGCACAGGUACCCAGAGUACUACUCAGCAGCCCACAGCACAAGUACCCUGAGUACUACUCACCAGCCCACAGCACAGCUACCCCGAGUACUACUCACCAGCCAACAGCACAGGUACCCAGAGUACUACUCAGCAGCCCACAGCACAAGUACCCUGAGUACUACUCACCAGCCCACAGCACAGCUACCCCGAGUACUACUCACAUACAGCACAAGUACCCUGAGUACUACUCACCAGCCCACAGCACAGCUACCCCGAGUACUACUCACAUACAGCACAAGUACAAUGAGUACUACUUACCAGCCCACAGCACAGCUACCCUGAGUACUACUCACAUACAGCACAGCUACCCUGAGUACUACUCAGCAGCCCACAGCACAAACAGCUAA